AUGCAGUCAUCUCUAAACGGGAUGACCAGUACACGGCUCCUGAAUCCGGACGAUGCGGACGAUUCAGAUUCAUCGGAUGGUUCUGGUUGUCCGGUGAAAAGUGUUGCCAAGACGUGCCGCUACUGUCUCACCGAGCGCGAGAAGUCUAUUCAGAGAGCCACGGCUGCACAUGUCUCGAAUGCGAUACUGGCCGCUACGCAACCGUUCUAUCCGGCACCAGUACAGGAUGCACAACCGGAUCGACCUAUUGGUUACGGUGCCUUCGGUGUUGUUUGGUUAGUUUGUUCUCUCGUUUUAUAA